GUGAAAUGUAGUUUAGCUUAUUAUAGGCUUAGCAAAGCGAAAGCAGAUGACUUGGGCAUUACAUUCCUGAUUUGAAUAUAAAACUGAAAAGCAAAAUAGAUUUUUUCUUCGUAUACGUGUUUUAACAGUCCUUUUUAACUAUAUCCAUAUUCUGCAACUUGGAAAGAACUACGUCAUGUAUGGUUUAAAAAAAGAUAAAAAAGAAGAAGAAAAUGCUGGUGGAAGGAAUCCAUAUUCUAAUCUAGAAAAGACAUCUGUACUUCAAGAGGCUCGAAUUUUUAAUGAAAGUCAUGUGAAUCCGAGGAAAUGUGGACACAUCUUGACCAAAGUUUUAUAUCUGCUGAACCAGGGAGAGCAGCUUGGAACCACUGAAGCUACAGAAACUUUCUUUGCCAUGACUAAAUUGUUCCAGUCAAAAGAUCCAGUCUUGCGGAGGCUUGUAUACCUUGGCAUUAAAGAGCUGACCAAAGUUGCUGAGGAUGUCAUCAUUGUCACAAGCAGCUUGACCAAGGAUAUGACAGGAAAGGAGAACCAGUAUAGGGCUGCUGCAAUCCGUGCCCUUUGUAAAAUCACAGAUAGUGGAAUGUUACAAGCUAUAGAAAGAUACAUGAAACAAGCUAUUGUAGACAAAAAUCAUUCUGUAUCAAGUGCUGCACUAGUUUCCACUCUGCAUCUGAUGAAAGUGAACUAUGAUGUGGUGAAGAGAUGGGUUAACGAAGUUCAGGAAGCUGUGAAUACAGAUGAUGUUAUGGUACAGUAUCAUGCACUUGGUCUCUUAUACCACCUUCGUAAGUGUGACCGUCUUGCUGUAUCAAAGUUGGUGGCGAAAUAUGCUCGUUCUGCCCUCAAAUCUCCAUAUGCUGUUUGCAUGUUGAUUCGAAUUGCCAGCAAACUGAUUAGAGAUGACGAUGCAGGGUCCAACAGUCCUUUGUUUGAGUUCAUAGAAAGCUGUCUAAGGCACAAGAAUGAAAUGGUUAUAUAUGAAGCAGCUCAUACUAUUGUUAACCUGAAGUCAACAACACCACGUGAACUGGCACCUUCCAUCUCAGUCUUGCAGCUUUUCUGUAGUUCUCCGAAGCCAACACUUCGAUUUGCUGCUGUCAGAACACUGAACAAGGUGGCCAUGUGUCAUCCUGCAGCAGUUAUAGCUUGCAACAUGGAUCUUGAAAACCUUAUCACUGAUGUUAACCGAAGUAUCGCAACACUUGCAAUCACAACUCUGUUAAAGACUGGUAGUGAGAGUAGUGUUGAAAGACUAAUGAAACAGAUCUCUAGCUUCAUGUCAGAAAUAUCUGAUGAGUUUAAAACAGUGGUCGUUCAGGCUAUUAGAUCCCUCUGUCAGAAGUUCCCACGUAAACACAACAUCAUGAUGAACUUUUUAUCAUCAAUGCUAAGAGAUGAGGGAGGUUUUGAGUACAAGAAAACUAUUGUUGAUACCAUCAUGUACAUACUUGAAGAUAAUCAAGAAGCCAAAGAAGCUGGUCUGGCACAUCUCUGUGAGUUUAUUGAAGACUGUGAACACACCAGUUUAGCUAUACGCAUCCUUCACUUGCUUGGUAGAGAGGGUACAAGAACAACACUGCCAUCCAAGUACAUCCGUUUCAUCUACAACAGAUUAAUCUUAGAAAAUGGCUCAGUUAGAGCAGCGGCUGUGAGCUCUCUUGCCAAGUUUGGAGCUUAUUGUGAAGAACUUUUACCCAAUGUUUUGGUGCUGCUGCAGCGAUCGCUACUUGAUACAGAUGAUGAAGUUCGAGACACAACUUACUACUUGAAAGUUCUCAUGCAAAAGCAAAGAGCUUUUAGCUCACAAUAUAUUUUGAAUAGUUUACAAGUGUCUAUAGUGGGUCUAGAAAAAGCUCUUCAUCACUACACAUUGGAGCCAUCAGAGGCACCAUUUGAUAUCAAGACAGUACCUCUAUCUACUCAAUUUAUCAGUGAAGAAAAGAAACUAGAUAUUAUGCAAGUUGGGAAGACAAAAGAAAAAAUUGCUGCAUCACGACAAGAUAUCUUUGCAGAGCAACUGGCUUCAGUAGCAGAAUUGGCUGUAAUUGGUCUUGGUCCUCUCUUUAAAUCCUCGCAGCCUGUGGAACUGACAGAAUCAGAAACAGAAUAUGUAGUACAUUGUAUCAAACACAUAUUCCCUAAUCACAUAGUUCUUCAGUUUAACUGUACCAAUACACUGAAUGACCAAAUCCUUGAGAAUGUCCAAGUUGAAGUGGAGCCUUCAGAAGGGUUUGAGCUGGUAUGUAACAUUCCUUGCUCCAAACUUCCAUACAAUGUAACAGGUACAACCUAUACCUGCCUCAGGUUACCAGAUGAUGCCAUAAUGGUUGUUGGUACUUUUAGCAAUACCAUGAAGUAUCUAGUGAAGGACUGUGAUCCUAAUGCUGGAGAGACAGAUGAAGAAGGCUAUGAAGAUGAAUAUGUGCUUGAAGACCUAGAAGUCACUGUGGCGGACCAUGUACAGAAAGCAGUUAAGCCUAACUUUGCAGCUGCGUGGGAAGAACUAGGUCCUGAUAAUGAACUAGAAGACACCUUUGCUUUGACAUCUAUGAAAACUAUGGAAGAGACUGUAAAGAAUAUUAUCCAGUUAAUGGGAAUGCAGCCGUGUGAGCGGUCAGACAAGGCUCCAGAAGGACAGAAUGUUCAUGCACUGUUCUUAGCAGGUGUUUAUCGUGGUGGUCAUGACGUCCUAGUUCGAGCUAAGCUAGCUCUUGGAAAUAGUUCUGAAGGUGUUACGAUGAAUCUUGCUGUACGUAGCACGGACCCAAAUGUUAGUGAGGUGAUAGCUUCAGCUGUUGGUUAGUGUGUGAUGUAGUUCUGUAAAACUAUAAUGUGGUCUGUUUCUAAUCACGAAGGAAAGGAAUCAUGUAAAGCACCUGUAAUGGGUUACAGUGAUCUUUAUCUUGUAGCAAACUACAGUGGGUGUUAUUUGAAUAAUGUGAUUUUGAUGGUAUAAUUUUAAUAACUCAGCUAAGCAAACACCAAUACAUGCUAAUCUGUUGAAGUUUGUCUCAGUCCCAUGAAGUUAAUUAUUGGUAAUUCUUAGUACUACUUGUUUUUAUGAGGAUUCAGUAGCAAACAGAACAUGGAAAAAUAUUUCUGUUUAAGAAAAGCUGAUCUUGUAAGGAAACUGAAACUAAAUAGUCCCUUUUUGAUAUACAAUCAAUCUGAAUGGAGCAAGAAAGAUAAUAUUUACAUAUAGGAUGGUUUCAGUAUACAGUUUCAGGUUUUCUUCUUUAAAAGUCAGGAAAAAUUAUGAACAAGAAACAUAUUUUACUUACUUAAUCCUAAUAUAUAUUUCUUAAAUAAUUUUGCAAAAAUAAAGAGAAAUAUUUUUGCUGAAAAGUUGAGGGCUGUUCAUAAUCUUCUUGUGUGUUAAAUUAAAAUUUUCUUCAAGUUCUUGAAUACCAAUAAAGAAACUAGCUAAUAAUUUUAAUUGUUUUUUUUUUUUGAGUAAUUUAAAAAGGAUUUGUGUGUUUUGUACAAGAUAUCUAUGUUUUUCCUUAUUAGGUACGAUUACCAGCUUAAAUAAGACACUUGGUGUUUGUUGGUAAAAGAUUGAAGAUUUGUUUAGGAUUCAAUUUCACAAACAAUUUACAGGAAGUUUCAUCAUGAUUAACUGUGAACUACAACUAUACCUGUAAAAUUAAAGAAGGAAAGUAGCUAUUUUGGGUGUGAACUACAACUAUAUCUAUAAAAUUAAAGAAGGAAACUAGUUAUUUUGUGUGUGAACUACAACUAUAUCUAUAAAAUUAAAGAAGGAAACUAGUUAUUUUGGGUGUGAACUACAACUUUAUCUAUAAAAUUAGGGAAGGAAACUAGUUAUUUUGGGUGUGAACUACAACUAUAUCUAUGAAAUUAAAUGAAAGGGGUUAUUUUGGGUGUGAACUACAACUAUACCUAUAAAGUUAAAGGAAAGUAGUUAUUUUGGGUGUGAACUACAACUAUACCUAUAAAGUUAAAGGAAAGUAGUUAUUUUGGGUGUGAACUACAACUAUACCUAUAAAGUUAAAGGAAAGUAGUUAUUUUGGGUGUGAACUAUAUCUAUAAAGUUAAAGCAGGGAAUACUUGUUCUGGGUGUGAAACAUUUUUUUCCAUCCUUGAAGUAAACUUUAACACACAUGAUUAUUUGACACCUAAAUUUUUAAUUUCACACAAUAAGGAUUUAAAGAUUAACUACAGCUUACCAUUACAUGCAGUGUAAUCUGCAGCAUUCUCUGACCAGUUUCCCUUGAAACAGAACAUUAUUUGAUGAUUGGACAUUGUAUGUUUUUAUCAGGUAUAAUACUAAAAAUAGCUAAAUAAUAUAUGAAUAAAGUCAGUACCAGUAAAAUACAGGUGGAAAAUGUUUUUUGUAUUAAUGUUUGAUUUGCUGUAUUAGGUACUAAGAAAAUGUUUAUCUUUUAGAGACUCCAACUGAUCCAACAAAUAAGGUGUUUUUUAAUUGAAGUGUAAAAGAUGCAUAUCUAACAAGCUUUCUACUUUUCCAGAAAAAUUACUUUAAAAUGCCAUCUUUUCAUCAUUGUGCUUUCAAGUCUCUGUUUGAAUAUGAUUUGUUUAGAAUUUAUUGUGUCACCACCAAGUGUAAUUCUUAUACCGACAAUGCUAUAUGUUCAGUUCUUUUACCACAUCAAAAUGUAAGUAUUAAAUAGGUGUAGAAAAAAAUGAGUCUUUCAUAAAAAAAUAUUUGACUUCAGAAAACAUUUAACAUUUUGUUCUUUGAUUAUUCAUUUAUAAUUACACUGGAUUUAUGUUGUUAAAUUCUUAAUAUGAAUAUUUUUCAAUUACAUGUAUUGUUUUAAAAACCAGUGGUGUCCCAUUUUCAGUUUGAUAAAGUAAGAACUAGUCAACUGAAGAGCACUUCAGUUACGGUGUUGAUGGAUGUGUAUUCAGUAUGAAUGCUACCCAUGGUGAUUGUGUUGUAAUAUAAAAGGUUGCCUUCAGUUACUCGUAGGUUUGUUUUUGUAAAGCAGCCUCUUUGGUAUAUGUUGUUCUGAACCAUUCCAAUAUAAUGGUACUUUUUAAAGUAUGAAAUGUUCUAUAAAAUAUAUUAUCUAUUUGUUUGAAAAUUUGUCAUGCAUUGUUAAGCCUGACUGAAUAAAACGAUUUUUUUUCAUGGUGUAUGUUCUGAGUUUUCACUAGUCAGUGAUACUCAGUUUCAUUACAUUUAAUAAAGUUGUGAAAGAUA